GACAAGGCGUUCCUGUUGCCUUUAGAACUUUGUUGUGAUAGAGGCAUCCAUACUCUCCUAUGAGCGUCCCUUCCUGUGAUAGUGACAUCCGGAGUGUAGAUGUAACCCAUGUUUGUGUAAAAUGAGGUUGUGUUUUGUGCUGGUGGUGAUGGCGGUGGUUGAUCAGUGUUCAUCUUCGCUCAACCUUUACGUCGACUCUGACGACGUCAAGAAACUCCUUGGUGUGAGUUCCCAGCUGUGGUAUGUCCAGAAUGGAACAGUAAAUAAAUAUGCCCUGGGCUACGUAGUGGUUGUGCCGCCGCAUGUCGACCUCCUGACCUUCCAUUGGCAGGCCUUGGGAGGAAUGACGAUGCCAUAUAAUAUGUCAGUUCAAGUUGGUAAUCGUGAAGCUCUGGCACCCCCUGUGUACAACAUCAGUGAUCAGAGUAUAGUGCCAACAUAUCCCUCAUCCUGGACAAUAAGGUUGAUUUGCACCGGCAAACUAACCACUCAGGUGGAUGUGACAAUAACCUUAAAAGUGCCAAUGAGUACAUCAUUGGUAAAUACAACGACGCUCAACAUUCGAAGAAAGAAAAUAUGUUUGAGAGGAAAAGUUGGUGGAAUAGCAGAACGCGAAGGAGAAGUUGGUGGGAUAUCAGUGGAGAUUCUGGAAGCACGACACUCCACUACUGUGGUCUACAUCACCAUUAGUUGUCUGGGAGUCUUCCUUCUGGUUGUGGCCUUCCUCGCCAUAUUUAAUCAUAUAAAGAACAAUAAAGCACGGCCAAACACUGGCAGACGACGUGGCACAGGUGCUUCUGAGCAAAGAACCAUUGGCAGAAGUACAGCAGGUGGUGGAAAUGUCCCUAACAAUCAAGUUAGCGGAGACAGUGGAGGCGCAGGCAAGACCUCCCAGUCCUCUCUCAGUGAGCUACGGAGAUCUCCACAACCAACAAAUACAACAGCUACCACAACCACUACCACAGGAAGUCCUGAGCCACAGUACACGGAUCCCAGGCUGAGUGAUAUAUCGGCCAAGUUAACAGGUCUCAGUGUCAGCAAGGAAACGCUCAAGCUCUUGGAGGUGGAGCAGGAAGGCACCUUUGGCCGGGUGUACCAUGCAGUCUACCAACCCCCUGACCAGAAGCAACCCCUCAGUGUUACUGUAAAAACAGUCAUUGAUGGAUCUAGUGAGGUACAGCGAUCAGUGUUGCUGAGUGAAGGGGUGAUGUUAGCAGGCCUAAGCCAUGACCAGCUUCUGGGGGUUCUGGGAGCAGUAGUCACCCCCCCAGAAGCUCCACCCUGCAUUAUCUUCCCAAGGUCUUCGCAAGGAAAUCUCAAAAGAUUUCUUCAAGGCUGUCAUACAUUGGUCACAAGGGAAGUUGUGGGUGUGGGUGUUCAAGUUCUACAAGCUCUGUCAUUCUUGCAUUCGCGGCUGUUGUUGCACAAGGAUGUAGCUACUCGCAACUGUGUUGUUGAUGAAGGGCUCCAUGUGAAGCUCACAGACUGUGCGCUCGCCAGAGAUCUCUUUCCAAGUGACUAUCACUGUUUAGGAGACAACGAAAACAGACCUAUCAAGUGGCUUGCUUUGGAAAGCCUUACACAUAAGGUCUUCACUCCAGCAGCAGAUGUGUGGUCAUGGGGUGUUCUGCUGUGGGAAGUGAUGACUCUUGGCCAGCAGCCUUAUGCAGAAAUAGAUCCCUUUGAAAUGUCUGCUGUUCUUCGCCAAGGGGUUCGCCUUGCACAGCCUAUAAACUGCCCUGAUGAGCUAUUCAAGGCCAUGACCUUCUGCUGGACGACGGCACCACGGGAGAGACCCACUGUAGAUGAGCUAGUGAUCUACCUCACAAACUUCCAGCAGCACCUCGAUAGAUAUGUGUGACACCAACUGGACUAUGGCUAAUUAGUGGGGAAUGGGGGAGAAGGAAAGUUUUGGGAAACAAAUAAACAAAUAAAAGAGUGAGAUUAAGUAAUGGGAAUGGUUGGUCAUUGGAAAUUGUAAGUAAAAUCAAGAAAACGAAGAAGGAAAAAUUGCGUUGACUGUGUUACAGAAAUGACAGACAUGGUUUAAUGUGCAAGAGGUGAGUUUUUGAAUCUUGCUCAGUUUUCUGUGGACUAAUAGAUAAUGGUUAGCCUGUGUUUACAGAUAUUGUUCACCCAAAAUCAUUGACUGCAGGUUUAAUGCCUUGAUUUGGUGUGAACCUGAGAGUUUUCUUAAGCUUGAUGACUUUAGAAGAUGUAGAGUCAUUUGUGACUUUGCUGGGUCUGUAAAAGCUUCAUGUUAAAGCCAGUUCCCUAUUAUCUACUCCAUUCAGAAGUAUACAAAUGACGAUAAAGUACCUGGACUUGCAUAGUUGUGAGCAUUUUAGUGCUUUUUAGUGUGUGAACCAAGAGGAGCUAAUAUUUUGCAUUGCCUUAUGAAAAUACCUUCACCUCUAUGUUCUAAUUCUUCUUUUUAUCUCCAUCUUUCUGCUUCUCUUAUCUUUAUUUCUAGGAGGUGGUGACUUUGAUUCUUUUUGUAUGCAUAUUCUUAAAGGGACAUUCCACUGCAUUUCAGGUAAAAGAUGGAAAAUGGAUUUUUUCAUUCAUUAUUUUUUUUUUUAUGAGAAGAGUGUUCUUGGUGGAAUCUAGUUGUAAUUUUUUUUUGUUUUAAUUAGUUUAUUUGAACCAUGAUUUUUAUAAGAUGCUAUGUAGUGCAGUUUUAACAAGUAUAUUAUAUUUUAAAAAGUGAGGGAAAUUUGAUAAAGAAAAGUCCUAUAAAGGUUACUGGAGAAAAAAAUCAGUGUGAUGGAAGUAAACUUUUUUUACCUUUCUUUAGAAUCCAGAUAGUUUUAUCCUUUGUUUUUUUCCUCAUAGUUCACAUUCCACCGUCUUUUGGAUUGCCGAGAUCAAACAGAGAAAAAAUGUGUCUUUUAAUGUUACCUUUUGAAUUACGAAGUAGAAUUGAUAUGAGUGAGUGAGUGAGUAAGUGUGUGAGUGUGUGAGUGUGUGAGUGUGUGUGUGUGUGAGUGUGUGUGAGUGUGUGUGUGAGUGUGUGUGAG